AAAACCCUCUCAGCUCUCUCAGCUCUCAGGCUCUGACCACCAGAGAAGAUGCUUCUCUGAUACUCUUCAGGAGAUUACUCCAAGGCUGAGUGGGGAGGUAGCCCCACAGCUGAUGGGCUACUGCCACUGCGCUUUCCAUCUUUAUCUUUCUUUUAAUUGGAACACUGGGGAGAAAUAAAUAGCUCAACACUCACUGUUGGGAGGCAAAUGAAUGGAGCAGUCUGACAGGGGAUUUCCCCAGACUGACUACACACCAAUGGAUCUGGACACCAGUUUUGUGCUGGACACACUACAUUUGGCUUAAUAUUUUUACUUUUUUUCAUUUUUUUUGCAACAAGAAUAUUUCUUAAAGGCUCGCAGACUUCCUUGUUUUGUGGAUAUUAACUGUAGAAAUUACAACCAUGUAAGUCCACGCUGUUUUCCCUUAAUAAACUGUUUAUUGGCACAGGUAACGCUGCCUGGGGGACCUUAUGUAUGCAGGAACUUAACCAUUUUUCAGCUGGUUAGACAAACUACCCAACAGAAAAUUAGCAGUUAGUGUAAAGAUUUGCUUGAUGAAUUCAUGUAAAUGAUGAAAUAUUUGUUGUGUUCCUCCAGAUCUUAGGCUCAAUGAUGCGCUCUUUAGUCCUGAUUCAUCAGUGGAGUCUGGCUGUGUUCUUGCUGUGCUCCCCAGUGAUUCUUGACGGGAAACCAGUUGAUGCACUUAGUAGCAGAGCGUGAGUUAUUUCUAUAUUAAUUGUGGUGACCAUUUGAAUGUAAAACAUCUUGGGUAAAAAAAGGGCUUAAGGUUGAAGAACUCACUUAUAGUUUGUGAAGCUGUAUUUCUUUUAAAGAAAUCCUCUUUUUUUGAGAUUAGUAAACUUGACUUAUUCCUACCUGUUGAUUAACUUUAAGUACAGGAGGGUUUCUCAGUUUCAGCUCUGAGCUCAGAUCAGUGACGGCUCUCAGGAACUUGUUUAUGCUGCCAUCUACUGUGCUGAGAUUUGUUGGUGCUUGACCUUAAACUUCACUUGCCACUACUCAUGAAUUAGACAUAUAAACUCAAAACUGUGAAAGACCAGGGGAACAUAUGAGUCAAAACUUGAGCUGUUUUAUAGAUUUUACCUCAGGGACAGGGCACUCUAAUGUAGAUGUCUUAUCAUUUGAGUUCAGAGACAUUUUUAACACCCUGGAGACGACAGAAAUCUAAUAGGCGGGAUCAAUAUCAUGAACCAUGCAGUGUAAAGAUGCUUUUGGUUAUUAUAUAACCUCACUAACUGGUCUGACGCAUUUUUACUCUUUCUGGUUUUUAGGAAGAGGUCAGUGAGCCACGCCCAACUGAUGCACGACAAGGGCCGCUCCUUGCAGGAGUUUAAGCGUCGCAUGUGGCUGCACGAGCUGCUGGAGGAGGUUCACACAGCUGACGAGCGAGCUCCACCUGUGCAGAGCAGAACCCAGAGCCAAACCUUCAGUGGGAAUGCCCUGCCUGAGAAGCCCCCAGGAGCCACAAAGAACCUCCCUGAAAGGUUCAAGCUGGACAGAGACGGCUCUCACCUGCCCCAAGAGACCAACAAGGCUCUGGCUUAUAAGGACCAGCCGCUAAAAGUGGCCACCAAGAGAAAAAAGAAGGUGAGGUUAGGGAGACGCAGAGAGAGCGAGAACAAGAAACGGAGGAAGGCCCGGUCGGUUACAAUUAAGGAGCCAUGA